CAAGAUAGACAAUGGAUAUGCAUUUGCCAUUUGGAGACUCAAUUUCCCAAAACGCGGACUCUGGUUAUAGAAAAAAUGGCAUCCCUGCAGGUUCUAUCCCCAAUUCGUUCCCUGCAAUGUCCUAAUCUUGACGGUUCAACCCUCAGAAACCCUAAUUUCGUUUCGAAUCAUUUCAGAACUCUUAGUUUCAGCUCCUCCAAACCCCUUAAAAAACCUGAACUCAAGAUAUUCAAUCACUUCCCAGAACGAAGAGCCCGGUUCCGAAGAUUAAAUUGUUAUGGAGUUAAAGACUCUAGUGAGGAGACCAAGGCUGUGGUCGACAGCGGAGGUGGUGGUGGUGAUGGCGGAGGGGGAGGAGAUGGGGAUGAUGAGCAGGUGGACAAGUUCGAUGGGAUUUUGCCAGAAUGGUUGAAUUUUAGUUCCGAUGAUGCGAAGACGGUGUUCGCAGCGAUAGCGGUGUCGCUUGCUUUUCGAACAUUCGUGGCAGAGCCGAGGUACAUUCCUUCGUUGUCGAUGUAUCCUACGUUUGAUGUUGGAGACAGACUUGUUGCAGAGAAGGUUACAUACUAUUUUAGAAAGCCUUGUGCCAAUGAUAUUGUGAUUUUCAAAAGUCCGCCAGUCCUUCAGCAAGUAGGAUACACUGAUGAUGACGUCUUUAUAAAACGAGUUGUUGCCAAAGAAGGUGAUAUUGUGGAGGUUCAUGAAGGGAAGCUUAUGGUUAAUGGAGUUGUGAGAGGCGAAAAUUUUAUUCUCGAACCACCUUCAUAUGACAUGUUGCCGAUUCAUGUGCCUGAGAAUUCGGUUUUCGUGAUGGGUGACAACCGUAAUAAUAGUUACGAUUCACACAUAUGGGGUCCCCUUCCUGCAAAGAAUAUAAUAGGGAGAUCAAUAUUUCGGUAUUGGCCACCAAAUAGGAUUGGAGGCACAGUUAUAGAGACCGGUUGUGCUAUUGACAGGCAAGAUACCAGUCCUGCACCUAAAUGAACUGGUAACCAACUGAUUCCAGCAAUUGAUUUGCAAGUUGUAUCAUUGAGUUUUCUUUGCUUCUUCUCACAUAAUUUCUUGUGGGUCCUUAAACCACCAUUAUUUAUUUCUUAGAGGGAGACCAAACCCUUUUUAUGUGGUGGAUAUUUUUGAAUGUUUGACUGCCUCAAUUCGCAAUCAAAUGUUCACAUUGCAAGUGUACAUUGUAUAUGUUAUUACUUAAGAUCCAAUUAAAUGUCGCAGACAAAAACCAUAAACCUGACCCACUUCUCUUCUGUUGCUGAGUGCACAGGGUAAGGCAGAACUAUAGAACCCUA